AUGCCUACGCAGUAUGCUGUGGCAACCGAUGAUGUUCUGACCACAGCGUUGGCGGCUGAUGCUGCGAGCGGUCGAAUCUUCCUUGGAGGAAACGAUGGUUGCAUACACGAGCUUCAGUACUCGGAAGAUGAGUCCUCCUGGUUGCGCAGACCGAGAAAGUGCAGGAAAGUUGCAGUGUCCUGGAACUUGCAGUCUCAGCUGCCGGUUGCUUUGCAGCGCAUCUGCGUCACCAUGUUCGGGCAAUCAGAAUCUGUUGUUCAACUGGCCACAGAAUCUUCGAGGGGACUCCUGAUUGCCUUGUCAUCUCUGUCCAACAUCUCCAUUUUUCAUGUGCCCGCUGGCCAAAGGAAUUCACAGGGACGCCUGGAAGAGAAACCCGUGGUGCAGCUGUGUUCGAUUACACAGUCAAGCAUCGCUUCAGAAGUGGGUCGCAUCAAGGCGAGGCUCUUCCCUGGCUUGCUGGCUGCGAACUCCAGAGGUCUGAACCCGUUCGGUGCAGUCGCAGCUGCGACUGGUCUUGCAUCUCAACCGCCUAGGCUGGUCAAGGUUUGGCCGGUGGAGAAGACUCAGGGGGGAAGCAUCGUCGCCUGUGCCGUCGCUGAAGAUGGCACUCGCGUUUUUCUCAAGGGCGUUUUUCGAGCUUCCUCGAGUGUGCCUACAUCUGACGUGAACUCACCGGGCAAUGGUACCCAACAGCGACGCAACCAAAUUACAUCCGUGGCUGUUCACCAUGUUCGAUUUCUGGAUGCUCUUGCCCCGAAGAACCUGAGAGUGAAGGAUGCUCUGUGGGAAGAUGGUGUGACGUUGCUGCAGUGCCAGGUGUCUGAACAUGAUUCUGCGUCAUCGGCAUUUGCCGGGGGAAGGGCUGGAGGUGCGGAGAUGCCGGAGUACGUGAAUGCUGUAGUUGUUUUGAGCACUGACCUGCGGGUGAUCGCUCAACGGCAGGGCCGCAAUCGUUCCCCUUGGCUCCAACAUGCAAGCUUGGCAGAACAUGUCGACACUGUUCAUUUGCAUCGAAGUGGCUCUGCUGUGCCCGAAAUCUUGGGAAUUGCCAUGCUGCCACGGCCUGUAUCUAAGCCAGUCGAGCAAUUGUUCUCGAAAGGAAAUGGCUUGGUGCUGCCAGUGCUCCACCUCAGCGAACUCGCGAAACAGCAAUUGGUCCCAGCGCCUUCCUUCAUAAUAAUUUCUGGAAUCGGUGCCCAUAUUCUCAGAAAGACACAGCCUAUAAAUGUGCUUCAGGGUCUGCUGCUCAACGGAAACAUGGCGCAGCUGCAAGACUUCGUGAACCAAUUUACAGCAGAGCAGGUUUGCGCCAUGUGUUUCCAAACUUUGACACAAGCGAUGCCAAAGAUUUCAGCGCGCAGCAAUGCUUCCAGGCCAGACAAGAUCGAUGCCUCUUCAGCUUCACGAAACAAGCUUAGAGUUGCCAAGACCGACAUGCUGGCACAGCCGAGCAGCUCCCUUGCAAGUACUGCGUCCCUGCGAGACCCUGCAGAAGAGGUCCUGCUGCUGCGCACCGAGCAGUUUCUGCUGUCACCACAGCUUUCUGUACAGAUGGGCUUCUCUCAGGUGUUGCCUGCUUUGCAGGGCCCAAAGAUGUCAGCACAGACUUCUCCACUGGGAUAUCCUGUUAUGUUCCAAUCCGCUGCUCGCUUAUCUGCACGUCUCCGAGGGCUGUACUCGUACUUGAGCAGGCUGAUCAGACCCUUCUGGCUUUCCCCCGUGAUGCUGGUAUCCUGGCCACCUGCCCAGGCGGAAAAGCCAAAGCGGAAACGGCCCGACGAAUGGUGGCCUCCACCUCCUGACCCUGCACCAGUCGCCAAGGGUGCUCAAUGGAGGUGUGCUUUUUCAAAGCCCCAGCGAUCUUAUGCACAAUCCGAGCUGUCGCUUCUCAAGAUGACUUUGGAUCGUUGUCUCCCCCGUCUUGUCCGGACGGAGCCAGGCCUCGCAGAUGGUGGUUUUGCAGGUGCUAGCAUCUCGCAAGAAGAAGUGGAUGCAGCUCAAGGUGCACUACGAAUCGUUGCGGCAUCGCUUGAAGCCCUGGACUUUCUGGAUCUUUUGUCGGGCUGCACGGCGGCCAUGUCAUCCGGCUCCUGCCCAGCAGAGGUCCUCCAGCGGUUUUCUGAGUUAACAUUUCGGGAUCUGGUAUGUCAACCAGAGGCACAGCAGGUCUUGCAACGGCUGAUGCAAGCCGGAGUCGUGGCUUCUCGAGAUUUGUCGAGAUGUCCCACACUGUUCAGCCAAUCCGACUUGGAAAUUCAAGAAAGCUUUGAGGUUCUUCGGAUGGUCCAGGAGAGUUUGACGGCUGCUGGAGCCGGCACCAGUAUGCUGGAAAUCGCACGUCUAAGCAAUCUGACUCAUCGGGCGUUAUCUGUUCUUGAGCGACAUGCAGCACGUGUCAACUUGACAGAAGCUGCCGGCCGCCUGCGAGCUGUAGGCGCGUGCAAGGGACUCGUGGCGCUCUGUUCCAGCGUAGCGAAGGCGCGCGACUCGAAGGAUGAGGCCAUGAGGCCACACGAUGCCUCUAAUCCUCGCAUCCAGCAGCUCCAUUAUGCCCGCCUGGAGUGCUACCAAAUCGUUCUGGGUAUCCUGGACGAUUUCUUGUCCUUUGCAAGGCAACGACCUGGAAUGCAGAGCAACUUCGCCCUUUUGCAACCACUGCAGGACGAUGGCGGCGCCAGUACACGCAUUUUGGACUUACCGGAACUGCUACCUUCGCACAUUCAAGAAAGUGAUGCCACUUCCAUUCUUGACGCCCUUCUGCGACAUUGUCUAGAAGGCCGUCAGUACCAGGCGGACGAGCUCUUCCAUUUUUGCGUAUUGAAGUGGAUGAUGCAGUCUGGACUCCCGCCGUAUCGCUAUAAGUCCCCCUACCUGAAGAACUUCCUACAGGUGCAUGCAAAGGACGAUCCAGAGAUACUGUGCAGGUAUCUCCAGCACAACGGACGAUGGGCCGAAGCAUGUGAUGCGUACCUAUCACUGGCAAGAGACGCGGGCACCAUUUACCGAGUGGGCGGGCCGAGCAACUUAUCAGGUUCCCAACAACAGAUCCUUCUCCUCCAGAAGGCAGCAAUGUGUGCGCGGAUGCCACAUUCAAACAGACGCGUGGAGCCUAUCCUCCCCAUGAUGACAGAAGUCACGGCCAUGAGGACUGAAAGCAGUCGUGAGACGCCUGACAUGCACAGCUCCAUCGCCAGACGACCACUUAGCUGA